AUGGACGCAAUUAAGAAGAAGAUGCAGGCAAUGAAGAUGGAGAAGGAUAGCGCCAUGGACAAGGCCGACACUUGUGAAGGCCAGGCCAAGGAUGCAAACCUUCGUGCAGACAAAGUGAAUGAAGAUGUAAGAGAAUGUCAAAAGAAACUGACUCAAGUAGAAGUUGAUUUGGAUACAAACAAAAAUAAGUUGGAAGAAGCCAUUAAGCAGUUGGAAGAUAGAGAGAAGGCUUUGACCGCGGCUGAAAGUGAAGUUGCCGCUUUGAAUAGAAAAGUUCAGAUGAUUGAAGAAGACCUCGAAAGAUCUGAAGAAAGGUCUCAAGCAGCUGCAUCGAAAUUGGCUGAGGCUUCUCAAGCAGCUGAUGAAUCUCAACGUAUGUGCAAAGUACUUGAAAACCGUAGCCAGCAAGACGAGGAGCGUAUGGAUCAAUUGACAAACCAAUUGAAAGAAGCUCGUCUUUUAGCUGAAGAUGCUGAUGGAAAAUCUGAUGAAGUUUCGAGGAAAUUGGCUUUCGUUGAAGAUGAACUUGAGGUAGCUGAAGAUCGUGUUAAAUCUGGGGACUCCAAAAUCAUGGAGCUGGAAGAAGAAUUGAAAGUUGUAGGAAACAGCUUGAAAUCAUUGGAAGUUUCUGAAGAAAAGGCUAAUCAACGAGUGGAAGAAUACAAGCAACAGAUUAAACAACUAACAGUAAAAUUAAAGGAGGCUGAAGCUCGUGCUGAAUUUGCCGAGAAGACUGUUAAGAAAUUGCAGAAGGAAGUUGACAGACUUGAAGAUGAUCUUUUCAAAGAGAAAGAAAAGUCUAAAGAAAUCACGGAUGACUUGGAUUCAACAUUUGCUGAACUCACUGGCUACUAACCAAAUACAAAUUAUGCAUAGCCU